AUGGUGCAGGGCGGAGGGCCGCGGGGAGGGACUCGCGGCGCCUGCGCAGAGCGGCGGCUUCUCUCGCGAGGACGGACGCCAUUAUCGCAUCUCCCCGACAAACACCACGAGAAUUCCGCAGCCCACACGGUGGCAGGAACACCGUCCUACGUGAGUCUGAUUCCCUCUCAUCCACCGGCCACUCUGCUCGCGUCCUGGAUGAUGUCAGAACAGGACCUGGCUGACGUGGUGCAGAUCGCCGUCGAGGAGCUGAGUCCCGGACACCCAGUUGUAUUGGAGAAUCAUGUAGUGACAGAUGAAGAUGAACCAGCUUUGAAACGCCAGCGACUAGAGAUCAAUUGCCAAGACCCUUCUAUAAAGUCAUUCCUGUAUUCCAUUAACCAGACAAUCUGCUUGCGAUUGGAUAGCAUUGAAGCCAAGCUGCAGGCUCUGGAGGCCACGUGUAAAUCCCUGGAAGAGAAGCUGGACCUGGUCACCAACAAGCAGCACAGCCCCAUCCAGGUGCCCAUGGUGGCCGGCUCGCCCCUCGGUGCCACCCAGACCUGCAACAAAGUGCGAUGCGUCGUCCCCCAGACUACAGUAAUUCUCAACAGUGAUCGGCAGAACGCCGUUGUAGCCAAGAUGGAAGACCCCCUGAGCGGCAGGGCACCGGAGCCCCUGGAAAAUGUCAUUAGCAACGCGGUUCCCGGUCGUCGGCAGAACACCAUCGUGGUGAAGGUACCAGGCCAGGAGGACAGCCACAACGAGGACGGGGAGAGCGGGUCUGAGGCCAGUGACUCUGUCUCCAACUGCGGGCAGUCAGGAAGCCAGAACAUCGGCAACAACGUCACCCUCAUCACCCUGAACUCAGAAGAGGACUACCCCAAUGGCACGUGGCUGGGGGACGAGAACAACCCUGAGAUGCGGGUGCGCUGCGCCAUCAUCCCCUCCGACAUGCUGCACAUCAGCACCAACUGCCGCACGGCUGAGAAGAUGGCGCUCACGCUGCUCGACUACCUCUUCCACCGUGAGGUGCAGGCCGUCUCCAACCUCUCGGGCCAGGGCAAACACGGCAAAAAGCAGCUCGACCCCCUGACCAUCUACGGCAUCCGGUGUCACCUCUUCUAUAAGUUUGGAAUCACGGAAUCUGACUGGUAUCGAAUCAAACAGAGUAUCGACUCCAAGUGUCGGACAGCCUGGCGGCGAAAACAGCGAGGCCAGAGCCUGGCCGUCAAGAGCUUCUCCAGGAGAACGCCGUCCUCGUCCUCGUAUGGAGCCUCAGAGACCAUGAUGAGCACGCCGCCGCCUACCAGUGAGCUGCAGCAGCCACCCCCACAGGCCCUGCACUACGCCCUGGCCAAUGCCCAGCAGGUCCAGAUCCACCAGAUUGGGGAGGACGGGCAGGUCCAAGUAGGCCACCUACACAUCGCCCAGGUGCCUCAGGGGGAGCAGGUGCAGAUCACGCAGGACAGUGAGGGCAAUCUGCAGAUACACCACGUGGGACAGGAUGGGCAGGUGCUCCAGGGGGCCCAGCUGAUAGCCGUAGCUUCUUCGGACCCGGCUGCCACAGGGGUGGACGGCUCGCCGCUCCAGGGCAGCGACAUCCAGGUCCAGUAUGUCCAGCUGGCGCCGGUGACCGACCACACCGCUGCGGCCCAGGCGGCUGACGCCCUGCAGCCCACCCUGCAGCCCGAGAUGCAGCUGGAGCACGGGGCCAUCCAGAUCCAGUGA